ACUCCAUACAACACCACACGCCGAAAAGCAAAGCCCAAGACACUUUUGUGCCGAGUCAUUCGCGGAUUUCGCUCGAGCCAGCCAGUUAGUUACCUUCACUCCGAGGCAGGAGCUCCACUGUUCAUAUCCACACUUCCUCCAUCCAGCGGAGGAAGUAUCGAUCGAGCUUUCACCAACACUCUGCACCUUAGAGACAAUGGCAGCCACGUUCGUUCCGACACCCACCCUCUCAGCUGGCGAGCCGAGUCCCAGUAGCAGCACCGGCGGCGGGGAGGCGCGCGCCGCACCCAUCACGGCCUCGCGAUUUGCACAGCGUCGACUUCGUGUCGUGACGGAGCCCAAGCACAGCAACAAGAUGCACCGCACGCGCACACUGAGCGAGCUGAUCCUUCUGUCACCACGCAGCAGUCCGCGCAUUACGCCUCGCCACAAGCGCUUCGACAUGGACAUCGAAGUUUCGAGUUUCUUCGCUGAGGGCGAGGGUCUCGUGGAUCUCAUGGGCAGCAGCAGAAACUUGCGGAGACUGAGCGAACGCCAUUCGACUAUUGACGAGGAGACGGCAGCUCCUGUCGCUUCAAGGAACAGAUUCUUCCCCACUAGCAACGAACCAGAUAAUCAACAGCACGAAGAGAUGGAUGUGGAUGAAGGACAGCCCGAGCCCGAAGCCGAGCCCUCAGAGGAGACCCAGCACAGUGUUGGAGAAGUUGUGGACAUGCUCUUCGAGAUCCACUCGGCGCUCAAGAGUCGACACUUGGGGCAGAGAACUGCGGCCUCGGCGCUCGCAGCCAGCAACUUGGUCAGCACUUUGGCCUAUCCGAACCCCGAGCCCAUUCCGAGAGACGAACAGCUCGAGGCGCUCGAGAACACGCGCAAGAUGCUCGAGUGUGCCAUUUGCCAGGAGGUUUUUACCAACGCUACGGAGGCAACAUGUUGUGGCCAGAUCUUUUGCAAAGAUUGCAUCGAGCGGUGGGUAAGUGAACGGGGCUCAUGUCCCAUGUGCCGUGAGGCCAUUGGCUCUUCACUUUUGGCGCGUUCGCGUCUCGCUCAGCGAAUGGCAAACGAGAUGAAUGUCAGUUGCCCCUACUGCUCGGAAGCAAUGAAGAAGGCAAGUUUGGCAGACCACGUGAGUGCAUGUGAUCAAGCGCCAGUGGAACCCCCUCCCCCAGCUGAUGUUGCCUUGCGGCAACUGCUGAUUCGGACUGCCAGACUUAAUAGUUCCUUUUUGGCACGGUUCCUCGUGAGCCCAUCACCCCCGCAGGCGCUCAUGAUGCAAUGUUACAUUCGCACACGCGGAGGCGGCAACUACGAGCUGUACACACAAGACACUGACACCCUUCUGUGCACAGCGGUGCGUCGUCGCCAGUACGACAUGUCGGUGAGCUUCAUCAUCUCGCUCGCCACCAACCUGGACACCACAUCGAACCAGACAAACGAGGAUGGCGCGUACCCGAUGAAUGCGCCUGUGCCGGUUGCACGUCUGGACAAGAACUACAUGGGAUCUCAGUACACAAUGUACGACACAACUGGCGAAGUGUCCGUCGAGCUGGGAGCUGUGCAGUACGCCGCCACUUUCGGCAAAUCUCCUCGUCAGAUGCGAGUUGCAUUGCCACUUGUGGCACCUGUGCAGAGUGCUGACAGUGCGGUGGACGGUGCUCCGUCUUGGGCCGUGCAACCCUGGAGACCCGAGUCCAAGGAGGAUACCAUCUUAUCACAAGUAGAGAACCCGGACACUGCACGUGCGUUGCACCUGAUCAACAAGCCUCCGGUCUGGAUCGAGUCUCUUGAGGCUUAUUGCCUGGAUUUCGGUGGUCGAGUUGCCGCUGCGUCGGUAAAGAACUUCCUCUUGUCACACCCGGACGACAUGGACAAGACGCUGAUGCUCUUUGGACGCACACAAGACCGUCAAGUGUACUCGAUGGACUACGCGCACCCGUUCACCCCGGUGCAGGCCUUCGCCAUUGCUCUGAGCAGCAUGGACUCGCACCUCGUGACCUUCGAUUAGACGCGAGUUGGCCAGGACGUUGGUGACGCCGUGUUCAAGCGUGUAUUAAGUCUCCUGCGUGGAAUGUUUGGCGAUUGACUGCUGUUCUCGCGUGUCACCGACUUGCCCAACUGCCAGCACUUCUGUAACUAGCCCCCCAACCUGUAGAUCCACGACGUCAACGUUAUCGUAGCAAGUUCCAUUUUGGCUUUUACGUGUAAAAUAAUAGCAAUCGUGCUGCAUUUUUUUUUACUUUAA